AUGCCGGGCCCGGCCGCCGCCGCGGGGCACGUCCCGCACCGCAGCGCCGAGGGGCAGGCCCGGCCGGGGGCGGAGGGCGCGGGGCAGGGCGGGCGGCGGCGCAUCGUCUGGAGGAACGUGGUGCUGCUGGGCCUGCUGCACGCGGCCGCCCUGUACGCGCUGGCGCUGGUCCCCGCCGCGCGGCCGCUCACGCUGCUCUGGGCCUACUUCUGCUUCCUCCUGAACGCCCUGGGCGUGACAGCCGGUGCCCAUCGCUUGUGGAGCCACAGGUCCUACAAGGCCAAGCUGCCCCUGAGGAUAUUCCUGGCAGCUGCCAACUCCAUGGCUUUCCAGAAUGACAUCUUCGAGUGGGCCAGGGACCACCGAGUCCACCACAAGUACUCGGAGACCGACGCGGACCCUCACAACGCCCGCCGGGGCUUCUUCUUCUCCCACAUCGGGUGGCUGUUUGUGCGCAAACAUCAGGAUGUCAUUGAGAAGGGGAGAAAGCUUGACCUCACCGACCUGCUGGCGGAUCCUGUGGUCCGAUUCCAGAGAAAGUACUAUAAGAUCACCGUGGCGCUCAUGUGCUUCCUGAUCCCCACGAUGGUGCCCUGGUGCUUCUGGGGGGAGAGUCUGUGGAACUCCUACUUCUUGGCUUCCAUCCUGCGCUACACCAUCUCCCUCAACGUCACCUGGCUGGUCAACAGCGCUGCCCACAUGUACGGGAACCGGCCCUACGACAAGCACAUAAGCCCCCGGCAGAACCUGCUCGUCACUCUGGGUACCAUUGGUGAAGGCUUCCACAAUUACCACCACACCUUUCCCUUUGACUACUCUGCCAGUGAAUUCGGCUUAAAUUUCAACCCAACCACCUGGUUCAUUGACCUCAUGUGCUGGCUGGGGCUGGCCACUGACCGCAAACGGGCAACCAAGCCGAUGAUCGAGGCCCGGAAAGCCAGAACUGGAGAUGGGAGCUCGUGAACGUGGGGCCGCCCUCCGCUAUGUCUGCCAUCGACACCUGAGUUCAUGGCUCCUGUUACUGUAGUUCUGUUGGAUGUGGGUGGGGGUAGAGGGUAGGGAGGGAGCAGAAUCUAUGGGGUUUGGGAACUUUCUCUUUGUCUCAAAAUAAUGUCAACUGUCAAUGAAAAAAAUUUUGAUGUCACCGUAACUAUGAUUUAACAUUAGAGUGUAAGACGUGAUUUAGUCGCCGUAGCUACAGUACCUCAAACACACAUGGUCUCGUGCUUGACAGGAUGAAAGAGCUUAACACUGUCUCGGGGGGAUUCAGGAGAGCGUUAGUUUUCUUUUCUAGCAGGGAACCCAGUGCUGUUCUUAAAGCCAUCAUCCGAAGGAGCAGAGAGGCAGCGCGGAAGACAGAAGAGUGGGUCCGAGUGUCUAAGGAAUGUCUCUGUUUUGUAAUUACUGCGUGUGUGUACGUGUGGUGCUGCUGCUUAAGAGAGCGGAACACUUUUAAGAUGACAGCACGGGAAAGGGCUCUCACUCUCUCUUUUUCCCUGUUUGAGCUUAUUAAUGCUCCACUGUCUUCGCUCCAGAAGAGAUCUGCCUGGUGCCCAGCCUGCGUCGGGUCCCAAUCACGCCCAGCCCGUCCUACGCUUCGGUGCCCGUUUGGCUGUUUGGUUCUGUUAUAGAAUUAAGUUCAAAUCAAGGUCUCAUUUCAGUGUUAGACACCAGAUUCAUACUCUAAUUGGUCCCAGCCGCUGAGGCAAGUGCUUCCGCUUCUCCUGCUAAAUAAGCAUCUCCGUUUUCCACACCAAGCAUCAGACCUUAAUAACAACAGUUACCCAGAACUCAGCGUCUGCUAAUGUUUCCCCUGCAUGCGACCCUCAUUGAUUUUGCAGCAAAGCAUAAAGCGAUCAUCAUGUAGCUUUUGGAUUAAAAAAAUCUUCCGUGUGUUAAGUCGCCUGGUAAGGAGCAUGUUGAAUUAACGGGACAGCGUCUCCUUGUGUCGGUUGUCAGCGCAAAAGAAGGAUGUUGGAUCUCCUUGAGGAUAAAUCUUUUCAGGAAAGAUGUAGGGACUUAAAACUUUGGAGAAAAGAAGGGGUGCCAGUAGGAGAUCGUCAGAAUGAAGUUCUUCACCCAGCAGCUGUCGGACACUGUUGUCUUGCCAUUAAUAAUGUACGAACUACGAGCAACGCACAAUAAAUGAUUCUGAAUUCGC